AUGCUUGAUCUACAUAGCAAGGUCGUCCUCAUGACUGGUCUAGGUCAAACUACGGACGAGGGCUGGGGCAUCGGAGCAGCCAUUGCUACAUUAUUUGCUCGCCAAGGGGCAAUAAUAUUUGGAGGAAAUCGAUCCCUCGCUUCGGCUGAACGAACUCAAUCUCACAUCCAGAACGAGCGAGGCAUAUGCGAUGUCCAAGAGGCCGACGUAACGGACUCUUCUUCAGUGAAGGCACUGGUCGACAACUGCAUGAAAAAGUACGGCCGCAUUGAUAUCCUAGUGAACAAUGUGGGUCGGUCCGAGCCAGGCUGUCCUGCAACUAUGCCGGAGGAAGUUUGGGACGCACAAAUGGACAUCAAUCUGAAGAGCGUCUAUCUGACCUGUCAUUUUGUCCUUCCUAUUAUGGAGAAGCAGAAGUCCGGGGGCACUGUUGUCAAUAUCGCAAGUAUAGCAGGGCUUCGAUAUAUUGGAAAACCGCAAGUUGCGUACUCUGCAGCCAAAGCGGCCAUCAUGCAAUUUACCAAGGCAACUGCCGUUGUGUAUGCGGCGAAGGGAGUCCGGCUGAACACCGUGGUGCCAGGAUUGAUCGACACCCCGUAUACAAAGGCUCUUGCUAAGCGAUAUGCGCCCGGGGGAGACGAGAAAGCUUACAUCGUUAUGCGGGACGCUCAGGUACCGAUGGGACGGAUGGGAGAUGCAUGGGAUGUGGCCAAUGCGGCUUUGUUUCUUGUGGCGGACGAGGCGAGAUACAUUACUGGGCAGGAGAUUGUGGUGGAUGGAGGGAUAACUUCUUCUACUGGAAGGACCUGA